AUGGUCUUUAAUGGAAAGUUGGAUAAGGUGGCUGAUUUAACGGUUUGGGUUAUCUCAUGGUGCUCAGCUUUUAUGAGAGCUUAUGCAGGUGAACCUACCUCAGGGAGUCUAUGGCAGAGGAGUAUUCGUUUGGUGAGACGGACGGCGAAGGAAGGAGAUUGGGUUACAAUAAAUGUUGAUGGUAGUGCGUUAACAAACCCAGGGGCAGUAGGUGUGGGAGGCCUAGUCCGUCAUAAUACAAGUAGGUUCAUGGUUGGAUUCUUUGGUAGUAUAGGAGUUAGUAAUAAUAUCCAUGCUGAACUUGUGGCCAUGUGGAAAGGACUUGCACUCUGUUGGGAGCAUGGUUAUUCCCAUGUAUAUUGUCAGUCCAAUUGUUUAUAUGUGGUUUAG